CCCUAGACAAAGGUACUUACUGUAAGCACCCAUGCCACCUCAAAAGCAAGUGAUAAUGUCUACCUCUGAUGUGACUGCGGCGCCCUCUCUUCAGGGUAUGAGAGUCAACGGAAAGCAAUGGCAUCAACCUAGGAAGGCGUUUCGCCCUACGGCCGGACAAACCUCUUAUGCUAAGCGCACUGAGGACAGAAAAGCUAAGGCAGCGAUGCAAGCGAAAGAGAAAGAAAUGAAGGACGAAAAAGAGGCAGAGCGUCAGAGACGUAUACAGAAAAUUCGAGACAAACGAAAUGCGAAGGAGGAACGUGAGCGCUACGAGAAGAUGUCGGAGAAGAUGCACAAGAAGCGUGUCGAUCGAUUGAAGCGUCGUGAAAAGAGAAAUAAGAUGCUGCACUCAUGAUGACCAUGUUCCAGUCAUGGUCCCAUUAUCUCUCAGCUACAGGCUUUUCCCAAGAAUAUUGCGAUAUUCCUUGAGAGCCGAGGGCACUUGCGAUCAAGUCUUGGGCGCGCCGCGGAUCUUCUUGAUGACGACCGACAGCUGCUUCAACUCGCAACAUUAAUUCGCAACAUUAUUCCUUAAGCGACUCAGUGCCGGGAUUUGUCCAUUGUGCUAUCAAAGGCGUCCUAUGCGAAGUCGAUAGAAUGCGAUGGCUAUAUGGAAAGGGUAGCAAGCUUGCGUUAUCGCUAUAAGCAGUGACGUGAAGAAAGGAACAUUGUGCAUUACAUAUGUAGAAAUAUUAACCAACCUUACUCGCUC